UGAGACUCGUCUCCUCUGAAGCCUCUGGAGAAACGUGUCAGAGACUCGUUCCUUUCCACCCAUCUCCCAGCUUGAAGAUUUCCGUCAGCUUCGCAGACUCGAGUAAAGCAGAGACUCAGAGAGCGUCUUCAUACCUGAGCCUGUACUCGGACCCAACCACAGCAGCUCAGGUUGUUCGCCCGACGCCCACGCUGCCGGAGGGCGUCACCUUAUCGUCCUCUCGCCCGGAGCACGCCCAGGGGACACCUUCGCUUUAUACCCUUCGUCCUGAUAGCUCCUGCGCUGUCCAGCCGCCAGCAGUGACAUCCUACAGGCCGUCCUUCGUCACUGCUGUCUCGUCCUCCCCAUCUCCCAUAUCAACCAGCGUCUCAUCAACUGCAGAUGCUCCUUCGAUGCCCAUUAUUUCAUCAACUUCCGGUGCUCCGACGAGUCUCAGCACCUCAGCAGCUUCUACCGUCCCAUCUAUCCUUUAUGUGUCGUCAACUCCCAGUGUCCUAUCAGGUCCAGGCAUUCCAACCAGUCCCAGUGUCCCAUUAAAGCCCGGUGUCCCAGUAAGUCCCAGUGCCCCGGCAAUGCCCUAUCACCCAGCAAAUCACAGUGCCCUACCGACGUCUUCUGUCCAGUCAACCUUCAGUCUUCCAUCCGUGAUCCCAUUCCCUCCCUCUUCCCUCACAUCUUCCUCGUCAACCACUCUUCCAUCCACUUCAGGCGCUCCACCAACUCAAGUAACUUCCUCCUCCAUCACGCCUCCAUCGUCCGCUAUUCUGCCAUCGCUCUCCGUCCCAACACAAAACUCUUGGUCGGAAUCCAUUAGCCUCCGGACGCCAAACUCUCAAGCAAAUGCUGCGCCUUCUUCGAGUGAUCCGUCACCUGCUAUCACAGGUCCUCCUAACACCCAUUCUUCGACCCCAUUAACACCCAUUAGCAGUGCACCCAUUACCUGUUCCUCAUCCUCUACCAGUACAAACUGUAUCCAGACUUCAUCCAGAACGCAAGUAGCUUCUGCCUGUACCGUGCCUGUACCCGGUAACCAGUCUCCCGGUGCCUCUUCAUCUUCAUCUUCCUCGGUGGGCCUCUGUACUUCGCCAGUGCCAAGCAGUACCACGUCAGAGAAGGCCACACCCUCUGCCGAACCCCUUAAUCUCGUGACCAAUAAUCAGUCACUAGAUUUGUCGUGUGGCAAACGCCCACCAUCUCUGAAGAUCGCGCCCACGCCCACCUGGAGGAGAAGCAGCGCGCCCUAUCGCCCUCCUCUCGUGGGUCGUCGCUCGCAGCCAUGGCGUCCAUGGUGAUCUUUGAUCUCUCUCGAAAAAGGUGACCCGUGAUAUCCUGCAAAAGACACCAAAAUAUCAGUAUCGAAUCAAAAUCAUUCAAAACUUACUUCAUGCACAUUUUUCUUCACAGCCAUUCAUCACUUAAUAAAUGAUUCCACGAAAACACAUUUCCUGUGACGGUCGCUUUCAACUGAAGCGGAUUUGCUAAAAAUUGCUAAAGAUUGUGUAACUUUCUUACGGUAUUUAUAAACCUGCUUUUAAGUUAUAAUUAAUUACAUAACGAUCAUGACUAUUACGAUAAUGAAAAAACUUUGUAGUUAUUACUCUUUUCAUGAUUCAUAUCAUAUUCAUAAUCAUCACAGCUAUUCUCCGAGGCUUUCAAUAUUAUGCAUGAUAUUUGCACGUAUUACAUCUAAGGUUAUUAAAAGAUAACCUGCAAAUUGUUUUGAUGUUUUUUUGUUUUUGUUUUGAUGUGAUAUUGUUUUUGUUUUGAUGUGAUAUUGUUUUUGUUAUGGGACAAAGUCCGUGUUGUUCAUUAUAGAUA